AUGCCUUUCACACCUCCGGCAUUUAUGCCACCGUUGGAACCAGGUCCCCCUGAUUCAAUUCCCAUCAGCGAAUUCAUUCUUAACGAUGCACAUGGUCGUGAACCCACGAAAACCUCGCGAAACCCAUUUACUUGCGGAUUAACGGGGAAGACCUAUACAGCAGCUGAACAUGCGGAGCGUGUCGAGCUUCUGGCGCGAGCGAUAUCGAAAGAGUGCGGAUGGUUACCAAGUAAAGGGACGGAAUGGGAUAAGGUUGCUGGGAUAUUUGCUUUGAAUACGAUUGAUUCUAUGACUUUAGCUUAUGCGGUUCAUCGUCUGAAUGGUAUUGCGACGCCAGCGAAUGCCGCGUAUUCCGCUUCGGAAUUGGAGUUUCAAUUGAAAUCUUCGGGCGCGACAUGUCUUUUUACAUGUAUAGCACUCCUCGAAACGGCUUUACAAGCAGCGAAAGCCGUGGGUAUCCCGAAUGAUAAAGUUUAUAUUUUAGAGAUGCCAAAGGAAUUUUCAGGAUCAAAGUCUGUACCGUUCAAGACUGUUGGACAAUUGAUCAGUGAGGGCGCUCAAUUGCCGGAGCUUGAGAAGUUGAAGUGGGAGAAGGGUCAAGGGAAACGGCAGACUGCUUUUCUCUGCUAUUCUAGUGGCACCUCUGGAUUACCGAAAGGUGUAAUGAUCAGUCACCAAAAUGUCAUUACCAAUGUCUUACAAUUUACCCUAUUCGAAAAACACGUCCGGGAGAAGAGGCCUAAAGGUCAAACCAGCGAAGUCGUUCUCGGUCUCUUACCACUCAGCCACAUCUACGGUUUAGUUGUGAUUGCUCAUGUGAGCGCUUAUCGCGGUGACGAGGUGAUCAUUCUACCUAAGUUUGAAAUGCCUUCAUUCUUGAAUGCAAUUCAACGAUUCAAGAUUGCUGGGCUUUACCUGGUACCUCCAAUCAUCAUCCAAUUAGCCAAGAACCAGAAAGUUUGCUCGCAAUAUGAUCUGUCAAGCGUCAGAUCAAUCUUUACAGGCGCCGCACCAUUAGGAGCAGAAACUGCGGAAGAACUUCAGAAAGUCUACCCUGAUUGGGCAAUCAAACAAGGAUACGGACUCACAGAAACCUGCACCGUCGUCUGCGGAACCCCACAACACGACAUCUGGUUCGGCUCCUCAGGCUGUCUCCUCCCAGGCUUCACAGCAAAAAUCCUCUCCAUCGAAGGCGUAGAAAUCAACUCCUACGACCAACCCGGAGAACUAGUCGUCCAAUCCCCAUCCGUAGUCCUCGGCUACCUAAACAACGACCAAGCGAAUAAAGAAACCUUUAUCGAAGACACAGAUGGUAAAGGUAGAUGGAUGCGUACCGGCGAUGAAGCAGUUAUCAAAAAGAGCCCCGGCGGAAACGAACACAUCUUCAUCGUCGACCGCAUCAAGGAGUUAAUCAAAGUCAAAGGCCUCCAAGUCGCCCCAGCAGAGCUGGAAGCACAUCUGCUCUCUCACCCUUCCGUCGCUGAUUGCGCCGUCAUUCCCGUACCUGACGAGCGCGCGGGUGAGGUCCCUAAGGCGUAUGUAGUGAAGAGCACGAGCGUCGGUCUGGAAGAAAACGAUCGCAUGGUCGCGAGGGAUAUCUGUAAGUAUGUGGAGGAGCAUAAGGCGAAGCAUAAGUGGUUGAAGGGGGGUGUGGAGUUUUUGGAUGUCGUGCCGAAGAGUCCGAGUGGGAAGAUUUUGAGAAGGUUGUUGAGGGAUAAGGAGAAGGAAGCUAGGAGGAAGAAGGGUGCGAAGUUGUAG